UUUUUGAUUUCUCUGUUGUGAACGUCGGUCUGGUGUCUUAGAAAUAAUUUUUCUAAUUUUAUUUACAACUCUUGAAACUAACGAGUCUUCAUCUCUGUUAAUAUCAUUACAUUACUCUCAGCACUAGUCGACAAAAAAUCAAAAAAUAUUGUAGGGGUUUUCGAGUCAUUAUUGUUACGUCUAAAUCAUUCCGUUUACGUUACAGCAGCAUUGAAAUGGCAUCAAAAACGGAAUACGAAAUUGAUUCUCAAAUAGCUGAAGGUAUGGAAGGGCUACUGUCCGAAGCGGUGCGGAAGCAUCCUGUGUUGUACGCGAAACCCUCCAAUAUUCGAUUCAAAUCAAUGCGCUCUGAAAAAGAACCAGACGCCUGGAACCAAAUAUCUGACGAACUGAAUUUGGAAGUGGAGAGUUGUAAGUCGUUGUGGUCGUGCAUCAAACAGAAGUUCAUCAAAUACCGCAAAAAAUUGGACAACGGCGAAACGUUUACCAAAGAAUGGCCAACGUAUGAGAAUUUACAUGAAUGGCUCGAUGAACACAUCAAGAAGCGCCGGACGCGUAACGACAUUUACAAACAGAUUCGAGUUCCUGUGAAGCAAGGCAAAAUGUUGGCAGUCACCAAAAGGAGUCCGAACUCGUCUGUUUGUGAGAACGAGUACUUAGAUGACAUCGAAUCUGCUGAGUGGAAUGAAUUAGCCGAUGAAAAGGACGAAGCGGCAGCCAAAGAACAAAUAUCCAAACAACAACUCCUCAUUCCAAAGACACCCGUUGUACCGAAAAAGAAACUCAAAAUUGAGAUAAUCCAGGCAAUUCGGAACACACCAGCAGAUAAACGCAGAAGCGAAAACGACGAAGAAAUAUUUACGGAGAUCGAAACGCCUGAGGAGCCAGCCGAAACGACAGUUGAAUGUGGUGAUAAACAGACGGAUACAGUGGAAAUUCUGAACAAAGUUGAACAGAACGAUACCAUCGACUCGAAUCGCAGCCGCGACAUUAUACUGGAAGCUAAUUUCGACAAAUUAGAACAGGUCAUCGCCAAAUGUGUGAAUUUGGCAGAAAAGUGCAUGGCUGAAUAUUCGCAGCAAGAUUCUAACGAAGUAUUUGGGAAGUUUGUUGCGUCGUUGGUGCGUGAUCUACCGCCAGAACGACGAAUGAAGGUUCAAUUUGAGAUUAUUCAAUUUACCGGUCAAUUGGUGAAAAGGGAACUCAAUAAAUAAUUGGAAAUGGA